GAUAUAGAAUUACUACCGAUUGUCAAAGAUUUAUGUCGUGAAGCUAUUAAUCGUGAAUCUAAUCAAAAAUUUAUUAAUGAUUCAAUAGAUAAUCAAAGACCUAAAAAAAAGCUAUCAAAAAAAGUUUCUCUUGAUAAUUUAAUUUCAAAAUUUCAUCAUCAUCAUCACCAAACAAAUGAAAUGAAAUUAUCAAAGACUUUUAAUAAGUCAUCUGUGAGUCCUAUUAUACCUUAUGAAACUCCUCAAAAUUUUAAUAAAUCAACUUUGGAUCCUAUACCUUAUGAAGCUCCUCAGACUUUUAAUAAUCCUACUUUGGAUCCUAUUCCUUAUGAAGCUCCUCAGACUUUUAAUAAGUCAAAUUUGAGUUCUAUUCCUUAUGAAGCUCCUCAGACUUUUGAUCAAUCAACUUUGGAUGAUUCUAUUCCUUAUGAAGCUCCUCAGACUUUUGAUCAAUCAACUUUGGAUGAUCCCAUUCCUUAUGAAGCCCCACAAAUUCAAGAUGAUCAAUAUUAUAUGCCUCCACCUAACAAAAAAAUUAUUGGUGAUGGUGAUAGAAUGAAGGUUAAAACUUCUUCUGGUAAAAUUUAUGAGGUAGAUAGAUGGUGUCCACAUGCUAAAGCUGACCUUAGUGCUCGGGGUGUAGUAAUAGGAUCAAAACUUUUUUGCGCUAAGCAUAAAUGGGCGUUUGAUUUAGAAAAUGGUGGGAAAUGUAUCUCUAACAGUAAUGACGCAUCAAUUAAUGCUUGCGCG